GUCGCCCCCCUUCGCCGACAGCCCCCCAAGAACCCCCCCAAACGCCCACCAUGGCCUCGUCCUGCCGUGACCGAACCCCCGAGUUCUUAUCCGCCUGUCGCUCGCUGCAGGGGGGGCAGGUGGGGGUCGCGGGCGGUCGAGCGGCCGUGGGGGUCGGGCGGCAGCGCAGCGAAUUCAGCCUCAUGGCUGGUCGGAUCGGGAAAGAUCUCAGUAACACUUUUGCCAAACUGGAAAAAUUGACAAUUUUGGCGAAGCGCAAAUCCCUGUUUGAUGACAAAGCGUUGGAAAUCGAGGAACUCACCUACAUCAUCCGACAGGAUAUCGGGAGCCUCAACAAACAAAUCGCGGAGCUGCAGGAGGUGGUGAAGGCGAGGGGGGGGCGGGGGGGGCGCCACGGCCGCAGCCACUCCAACACCGUCGUCGUAUCUUUGCAGUCCAAACUGGCGGCGAUGUCCAACGACUUCAAAUCGGUGCUGGAGGUGCGGACAGAGAACCUGAAGCAGCAGCGCAGCCGUAGGGAGCACUUUUCCCGCAGUCCCGGCCCCGGCGCCGCCCUCGGCGGCCCCGCCGUGCUCCAGGACGACCCUCCGCGCUCCGGCGCCGUGGCCAUCGACAUGGACACACGGACGACCCAGCAGCUCCAGCUGCUCGACGAGCAGGAUUCCUACAUCCAGAGCCGGGCGGACACCAUGCAGAACAUCGAGUCGACCAUCGUGGAGUUGGGCUCCAUCUUCCAGCAGUUGGCGCACAUGGUCAAGGAGCAGGAGGAGACCAUCCAGAGGAUCGACGCCAGCGUGGAGGACGCUCACCUCAACGUCGAAGCGGCUCACGGAGAGAUCCUCAAGUACUUCCAGUCGGUUACGUCCAACCGGUGGCUCAUGGUUAAGAUCUUCCUCGUUCUCCUCAUCUUCUUCGUCGUCUUCGUCGUCUUUUUCGCCUGAAGACGGACGGACGGACGGACGGACUUACGCCUACGGGAGGAACGCCUGAAAUCGGAUCUGUGGCUUCUGACGAGCCCGGCGUCACGGUGGGAGCCGGGAAUGCUGACGGAAACCCCCCAAAAUCAUGGACCUCAGGGGGGUUUGGACCCAUUUUGGAGGGGUUCGGACCCAUUUUGGGGAGAUUUGGACCCAUUUUGGAGGGAUUCGGAGCUAUUUUGGGGGGGUUCGGAGCCAUUUUGGGGCAGUUUGGACCCAUUUUGUGGGGG